AUGGGACUGAAUUUCUUGUUGCAAAAGUUACUUGACCAAAAGCCAGACUUAGCUUCAAUACCUCAGACAAGACAGCUUGGGAGCCCGCUUUAUGCUGCAGUUUGCACUGGGAAUAAAAAAGCUGCAGAAAUUCUCUGUGCUAGAGGUGCAGAUGUAAAUGAAAGGUGUGGCACAUGCGCGUACGCUCUGCAGGCAGCAGCCAGAAACGAAGACUUGGAUAUGGUAAUCUUGCUCUUGCGGCACGGAGCUGAGGUCAAUGGACAAAGUGAAGACGGGGAAACCGCAUUAAUGCAAGCGUCAAGGGGAAGGAAUAUACACAUUGUUCGAUUGCUGCUUCAAAACGGUGCUGAUAUUAACGCUCAAAGACGACAUUACGGGACUGCAUUAUGUGCAGCUGCUGCGCGUGGGGGUAUAGAGAUGGUUCGACUAUUUCUCCAAGAGGGUGCUGAUAUUAACGCUCAAGGAGAUUACGGGACUGCAUUAGGUGGAGCUGCUGCGUCUGGGAAGAUAGAGAUUGUUCGACUAUUGCUCCAAGAGGGUGCUGAUAUCUAUGCCCGAGGAAGCUCUGGGAAACCCGCACUGCAAGUAGCUGUCAAUCAGGCGAAGGGCGAUGUUGUCGAGCGUCGAAAAUCGAUACCAAGAUAUAUGGGACACCAUGUGCAAUGA